GGGUGAUCGACUCUGCAAUACUCCCCCACCAUGGCAAUGCGAAAACGGGCAGAGGAGCUCGUCGUCGAUCUCCAGGACAGCAUCGUCGAGGCUCUCGAGGCCAUCGACCCCGACGCCUCGCCCUUCAAACGCGACUCAUGGACACGCGCCCAGGGCGGCUAUGGCACAUCCUGCGUCUUCGCCGUCCCAUCCAGCGACGACGACGACGACGAUGCCGCGUCACCACCUUCGUCUGUCCUCGAAAAGGCCGGCGUGAACGUCUCUGUCGUCCAUGGCACCCUUCCGCCCUCUGCCGUCCAGCAGAUGCGCGUCAAUCAUGCUACACUUCCCCAGGUCGACGGCGGCCUUCCCUUCUUCGCUACCGGUGUCAGCCUUGUUAUCCACCCUCGCAACCCUAACGCGCCUACCUGCCAUGCCAACUACCGUUAUUUUGAAGUUACCGAAGCUAUUGACCCUGACUCUCAAGAGCCUCCGAAGCCGUUGGUCUGGUGGUUUGGUGGAGGUGCAGACCUUACACCGUCCUAUCUGUUCGAGGAGGAUGCCGUACACUUCCACAAGGUUCACCAGGACACUGCUGCACCCCAUGGCACCCAGAUGUACCCUGCUCUGAAAAAGUGGUGCGACGAAUACUUUUACAUCCCUCAUCGCCAAGAGUCUCGGGGCAUUGGAGGUAUAUUCUUUGACGACCUCAGCAUCGAGCCCCAUCCCCGUCUCACAUCGGACGAGAAGCGGCCCCAGACCGCAGAAGAGAUCUUUUCAUUUGUACACGACAUGGGAGCAGCAUUUAUACCCGCAUAUAUCCCCAUCCUUUCUAAACGCUGUAACCUUCCGUUUACUCCUCGUCAACGUCGCUGGCAGCUCAUUCGCCGUGGGAGAUAUGUCGAGUUUAAUCUCAUGAUUGACCGAGGAACCAAGUUUGGUCUGAAUGCUCCCGGUGCAAGAAUAGAGAGCAUUCUCAUGAGCUUGCCAGAGACGGCGAGAUGGGAGUACAUGUCAGACAUGGGUCAGGAUCCAGAGUCAGAAGAAGGGAAACUUGUGGCGGUCCUAAAGACGCCGAAGCAAUGGGUGUAGAAGAAGCUGAUUAAACAUAUAUAUGUACACUUAGAAUGCCCGGAAAUACCACUCUCCACAAAAGUGCCGCGCUUGGACAUUGGUUUCUAAGAACAAGAUGGUAUAUAUUUCAGCUAUUCUAAUGCACCAAACAAGCUUACUACAGCCACCGGCGCAGGACCUCCCUCCCUAGCUUUUGUUUGUCCACAAUAUGCUAUCACAUAUCGACUUGGAUGCCAAGUCACUGUUGGUGCUGGAGCAAGAGCAGGAACGCGAUGCA